AUGUCAAAGGAUACCAGGAAAAACGUGACUGAUACUUCUAUCUGCAACGAAUUCUCCAGUGAUGCUUGCGAGAAAAGUGCUGAGUUUUUUGAAGGACGUGAGGUUAGUGAAAGGUCCCCUGACGACAGACCUGUUCCUGCUCGUGUUGAUGCCGACGCUGAGAUAAUUAAAGAUAGAGGAGUUUAUCGAGUGGAGGCAGUCAGAGAUGCUUUGUACUCUCACAAAAAGGGUCUCCAAAUGAGAUUUAUUUUGGGUAUUUCCGUUCUUUUGUGUGCCUGGGCCUCUUCGUUGGAUUGGUCUGUGACGACCAACCUCGAGCCUUGGGCUACUUCUGCUUUUAAUCAGCACUCUAUGGGCCUUGGUGCCCUUGGGAUUGCAACCCAGCUAAUUAGCGCCAUCUCAAAGCCAGUGUGGGCGAGGAUAGCGAACAUCGUCUCAAGACCAUCGACAUACUUGAUAUCAACGAUUUUUUACGUCCUCGGAUACGUGAUUGUGGCUUCAAGUAGUACUAUAUCAGCCUAUAUUGUGGGAUCUGCCUUUGCUGCAACGGGUGAUGCGGGUGUAACGUUUCUCAACCGAAUUGUUGUUGCUGAUAUGACGAACUUGAAAUGGAGAGCUCUUGCUACUUCGGCUUUGAGUACACCUUACAUAAUUAACACUUGGUAUGCUGGCUAUAUUGUUCUGGAUUUGGGUCCUGGUGGUUGGAGAUGGGGUUAUGCCCACAAACAGCUACAAAAUCAGGAGCUCAUUGAUUACAAUGAGAAUUUGGGCUUUAAAAAGAAUUGGAAGAAGCUCAUUUGGAGAUUGAUGGUUGAAGUGGAUGCAUUGGGGUUACUUCUCUUGGGAUUUGCAUUUGCUUUGCUUUUGUUGCCAUUUUCUUUGUACAAAAAUGCUGACUACCAAUGGAAAAAUUCAAGUUUGAUUGCAAUGUUUGUCGUUGGAGGACUUCUCCUCGUAUUCUUUUUCAUCCAUGAGUGGUACUACGCACCAUUCCCUAUCCUUCCCAAAAGAUGUUUGAACCGUACUCUUGUGGCAUCCCUUAUAAUUGACUUCGUUUACCAAUUAGCUGGAGGCAUUCCAUCUGUCUACACUUCAUCCUUUGUAUGGAUUGUCAAAGACUGGUCUAAUAAACAGUGGACCUAUUUCAACAAUACAUUGACUAUGGCAUUGUGCGUUUUUGGCGUUGUCUCAGGUAUCUUCAUGCGUUUAAUCCACAGUUUCAAGGUGUACCAAUACUUUGGUAUCUUCUUGGCUAUAGUGGGAGCGGGCAUCAUGAUUGAUGGUCGAACUGCUAGUGAUAGCACUGUCAGAUUGGUAUGGUCGCGGUUACUCUCUGGUAUGGGCGGCGGCUUCAGUGUCCCGGCGUCAAGUGUUGCGCUACAAGCUUCCAUUCCUCAUAGAGAUAUGGCGGUGUCCAUCUCUAUUUUGAGUUUGUCGUCAUCCAUUGGCUCUUCUAUUGGCUCAGCAAUAUCCACCGCCAUGUGGCAAGGCAAAAUGGAAGCAGCUUUGAGGAAACAUUUACCAGCGACUGUAUCAAAUGAGCAGGUCAAAAGCUUUUUCAGCAACAUCAGCAAUCUUCAUAAGUAUGAUUACAACAGUGAAAUAAGACAAGGUGGCACCAGAGCAUACAGGGAAGUGAAUUUCUACUUUUACCCUGUUGCCCUCUCUUUGCAAGCCAUUCGUCUUGCUGCAGUGUACUUCCAGAGAAACUAUUAUCUUGGUGAUACAAACAAUGCUGUCGAGGAUGAGAAUGGCAACAUGAUUCCAGUUGAGGAGCAAAGAAUCAAGGAUAGUUUACUUGGAGAGAAAGGAAGCAAACGAAAUUGGAAGAAGAUCUUCCUCAAUGUUGGAGAGUAG